AUGGCUUUGGAAAAAGAUAGCCAUCUCUAUGCCGACACCGAGUUUUCGUCAGGUGCCCCGACACCACUCAAGAACCAGUCUCUAGAGGAUGUCGACGUUAUUCCUUUUGAUGAGCUCAGCGAGGCUGAGAAAAAGGCCGAGCGCUGGUUCCUCUGGAAGCUCGAUAUCAUCUUCACCUUUGUUGGUUUCCUCGGCUACAUUUUCAAGUACCUGGACCAAGUAAACAUUGCCAACGCCUACGUCUCGGGCAUGAAGGAGGAGAUCAACAUUGUCGGCAACCAGUACAACUACUUCACCACCCUCUUUAACGUCGGCUACGUUCUCGUCAUCUACCCGUCCUGUAUCGCCGUCUCUCAUAUCGGCCCACACUACUGGCUUCCCAGCGCCGAGCUGAUCUGGGGCGUCCUGACAUGCUGCCUCUCCGUGGUCCAAAACUACAAACAGGUCUAUGCCCUCCGUUUCCUCAUCGGCUUUGCCGAGGGCACCGCUUGGCCAGGAUACAUCACCGUCAUGUCCCAGUGGUACAUGCCGCAGGAGGUGGCUCUGCGUAUGGGAUUCUUCACAAUGGCCCAGUCGAUUGGAUCGAUGUUUGCCGGCGUGAUGCAGGGCGCCCUCAGCACGACCAUGGACGGCGCUCUCGGUCGGUCUGGCUGGCGAUGGGGAUUCAUCAUUAAUGGCGUCUGCACAAUCUUCGUCGCUCUCCUCGCAUACUUCUCCAUCCCAGGCUUCCCCGACCGCCCAAACCCCCUGGCAAAGUGGUACCUCUCUGAAAAGGAUUAUGAGAUUGCCCGCCGCCGUACCGCCCGCGUCAAGCGCGAACCCCUCAAGCCCAUUAACGCAAAGUCGUUCCUCAAGGCAUUCAAGUACUGGCAGCUUUGGGCUAUUGCCUUCACUUGGGCGUUCGGCUACAACAUUGCUCCCUCAAACUACUUCAACUUGUGGCUCAAGAGCCUCACGCUCGACGAUGGUACUAAGCGCUACUCCAUCGCCCAGCUCAACUACCUCCCCGUCAUUGGCUUUUCUCUCCAACUCGGCGCAACCGUUGCCCUCUGCGGCCUCUCGGACUGGCUGGGAGUCCGCCUCCCCUCCCUCCUUAUCCACGCGGCAAUCAAUCUCACAUCCGAAGUCAUCCUCACCAUCCGCCCAGAGAACCGCAUCACCUACAUGGUCGGAUGGUACCUCAACUACAUGGGCAACGUCUCCUAUGUCCUUCUCGCAGCAUGGGCGACGACAUUCCUAUCAGACGCACCUGAAGUUCGCACAAUCACUAUUGCCACUGGAACAAUCAUGGCCUACUUGAAUAACGGAUUCAUCACCCUCUGGACAUACCCGACCAAGCAGGCGCCGAACUGGGCUGUCGGAGCCAAGUUUUACCUCGUGUGCAUGAUCAUCUGCACUUUCGGCUUUAUCGCCAUUGCUUGGGGCCUCCGCUUCGAAGAGCGUAGGAAGCUUCGUCGCGAGGGACAAUCUGUGCCCAAGCCUCACCGCCUCGCGUUCCUCUGGACUUAA